CAACUUCCGCCGGAGUCUCGUCGAUUGGACCGCCUCUCUCCUCCCGUCAAAAUUCGGGUGUUGUCGUCUCGAGGCGCCCUGUCGGAGGAGGAAAAGCAACGGAGACGGGAACUUGCACUGACUAGCGUUUUAACCCAAAAAAAAGGAGGGGGAAAAAGGAGGAGAAACCAAGUGAAAAAUAGUUAAAUAUUAACAGUAAACGUCAGCGGAAAGUGAGAGUGAGCACCGACUCUGCAGCCUUGAAGUGGACGGACUGUGGGCUUCUUUUCCUUUUUUUCCCCCCCAGCUGGCUGUCUACUGUGUGUUGUAAACACGUUUCGUGUACACUUCAGUAGUUGUGACAUUGUGCUCCAGAGCUGAGGCAAAGGUCUGUGUUGACGGAUACAGUUCGACCCAGUACGGAGACACGGAAAGACGUGAGCGUACGUUAACCACAUCGGCCAGAUCGUCCCCGAGGUCUCAUCCCGGUUGGACAUGCGUGGAACACCUUAGCAGAGAUGCGUCAAGGAGACAUCCUAAUCAGAUCCCAAGCGGCCUCAUCAGGCUCCUCUCAAUGUGGAGGAGAAGCGACUCUACUCUGAGCCCCUCCCAGCUUCUGACCAAGCUUCUCACCCUAUCUAUAAGGGAAAGUCCAGUCACCCUAUGGAGAAACCUCAUUUAGCCAUGCUUUGUCUGGUCCCUCCCUCAGGACCUGUUUGCCCGAGGCAACCUUGCCAGGGGCAUAAAAGCCUAGACAACUUAACUUCUUGGAUCUCCGGGACACACACCUCUCCACCACAAUAAGUGUUGAAUGCCCAGAAUGUCUUCAAAGGCUCACAGUUCCAAUAACAUCGCCCAUGCCAGGCGGACCGUGCAGCAGCUGAGGAUAGAGGCCAGCAUCGAAAGGAUAAAGGUAUCCAAGGCGUCGGCGGACCUCAUGACUUACUGCAACGAUCACGCCAAAAACGAUCCACUCCUCAUGGGCAUCCCCGCUUCAGACAAUCCCUUUAAGGACAAAAAACCCUGCACUAUAUUGUAGGAGGGGGGCAGGGGAGGAAUACCACUCAACCUUUAUGGGUCGGAUUUUUUUUUUUUUUUUUUGGGCUUAUUAAUGUUGCUGUGUUGUGUUUGUCGGGAGGAGUGAAGGGUGGACUGUGAUCAUAUCGUUACCACGGGCUUGUCUUUUUUUGUGUUAACAAAUUACUGACGCAACCAUGUUUGUUUUGUUUUUGUCUUUCUCCAAAACGUUCCGCGUUCCGUGUUCUACGACACCAACACUCAAGUCUAUAAUCACUGUGCCGCUCUUUGGGUCCGCUCCCGUGACCAGUACCCGAGCCUUUGGCUGCAUGAACUGACACGACAACAGGCACUUCCUGGAGUCACCGUUGGUUCUCAGCUCAGUGAGUUCUCAUAUCGGAAAGCGACUGUUAUUAUCUCUCAGCGGUGGGUUCAUGCAGCCCUUUAAAAAAAAUGUACUUUAACAGUUUCGACUGGCAUCCUUUUUACAUCCGGUUCAGAGUCGGGGUUUUUUCACUUAAGCUAAAGUUACCAGGCGUCCUUGACAAUCCAGAAUCCGUGUGAUCCACAUUGAUGUCAUCAGCAGGUUGAAACGUCAGGUUCACACAAAUGUUUCUUUUUUUUUUUCAGUUUUUUUUAAAAAUCUAAUUCUAUCUUUGCUCUAGAUAUUAAAUACAAUGAACUCACAAUUAUCACAAGGAUACAUUCUAGACCCGCCCACACUAGGUAAAAACUUUCAAUCGUGAGAGAUCAUAUCUUUAGCAUAUCAUAAAAGUAAUUUUUCUUUUUUUUUUUAUAAAAAAAUAAAAAAACUAAAGACAAAACAACACAAUAGUGAGUGUCCGGUUGCCUUGAUUUAAUUUUUGCAGAUUACCGUCACCUGGAUGACUGAGAAUCUCCACAGGAAAAAAAAAAAAGACAAUUUUUAGCAAGUGGAUUGGUAUUUUUUUUAUUGAUAUCUUGACAGCAAGUCUAAAAUAAACUUGACAAAUAUGUUAUCCGGCAAAAAAAAUACAAAAUAAAAAAAAAUUGUAUCCCUUUUACAUACUUUAAAAACAUUUCAACUUAAAACAGACUCUUUAAAGUUUUCCUUUGUGUCUGUCACUCUGUCGACAAUACUCCCUAAAAUCGGCAAAGCUGCCUUGACAGCCAGAACACCAAAAUGUUCACCCACAUCCUGCACCUUCAUCCAACAAACAUAUCUUAGCGUAAUUCUAACACGUGCAAAACACCGUAGAAAAACGAUUAUAGAUGUUACAGCAAUUUGAAACUUUUAAAUAUCUGCUACAUGGAGCAGAAACACAUACUGAGGCACAUCUUUGUGCAAACACGGACCAUUUACUGGAGCUUUGUAGGGCACCUUUUCUGCCUCAACUUCCUGCUACAUCUCUUCUAGUCGACCUCAGUAUUAAUUUACUGAAGAUGCCCAACUCUAAAUUCGGAGUACAUUGUAAAAAGCCGUUAAAAAAAACAAAUCACUUGAAAAUCCACUAUAUAGCAAGCGUUCACUGAAAACAGUUGUCCGUAUGUCAAAUUCAGAACAUAAAUGAUUUCAGCACGCAAAUUCAUUUGCCAGCUUACAUGCUGUGUAAUUGUGCCGUUAAACUAGCGGGAGCAAACCAAAAAGGCAGCGUUUCAAAGCGCCUGCUGUGCAUUUCCCAACACUACUCGCAGUUCAGGUUAAAAAUCGUAAAAAUCUGACCGUCUAUGCGUAUUUCUCAGAUUCCAGUUUGCAAUGUAGGCGCUAAGCUGACAGCUGCGUUCGUCACUGAGGUGCACCGCAAAAAAAAAAACAUUACAUCAUAACGGUGGAACACAGUGUGACGCGUCAAUGAAUGUAACAAACAAGGACAUUUUUGUCACAAUCCAAAUGCUUUCCUCGUUAUUAUUCUCUGUCAACCAAUCAACAGACAGCAUCCUGUAUUAUUUAUUGCAUUCAUUUAGCGUCCCCCCACUAAAAUUGCUUCAUUUGAAUGAUACCUUUUUAUUUAUACAUUCAAUACAUUGCAUGUAAAUAAUCAAUAAAAUUACCCAUUUUAUGGAUACACUCAACAUACUUUUGCGUACGUUUAUACGAUUUAUUUUAUUACAGUUAGUGGUGCUUUGAGAUACGAAUACCUUGACUUCCAACUUUUUCAAGAUAUUAGCCAUCACUUAGCCAAUCUUUUUUUUUAAUCUUGAGCUGAGAAAAACCAUAAUAUCUGGCUGCCAUCAACUCACAUUGGUUUCCUUGCAAUUUAAGGGCGAUACAGUCGUGGUUUCUCUUCACAUUUUCCGUGUUUGCAACCUCCGCAGAGAAGCAAAGUACAGUAGUGCUGGCUACAAUUCUUGUGAAAAACAUGGUUUUUUUUGGGCGGGGGGUGUUAUAGAUUAACAGCAUUUCCAUUCAUUUCUGUGAAACACAUGAAACUUAUCUCACUUUAUUGGUUUACUAAUUAUAAUUAAAAUUAUUCUAAGUACAAUUUUUUAAAAAGUUAAGAAAAUAUUGUAUUAUUUAAAGAAGUUUUUUAUUUUAUUUUUUUUUUAACUCACACCUGGUCCUGAGCCCCAAUGUUUUCCCCACCUCUCAUCCUUUCCAAUUUGAUACCACUUUGGUAGGGUGCCAAAAAAAAAAAAAAAAAAAGACAAACCUUGUGCUGAACUGUGUUCAGUUUUUUGGAAACGUGCACGUCCUUGGGUCAAUUGUGAGAUUUUGGUGUUCAUUGGACAAAAAAACGAUGGCCGAAAGCACCGUUUGUCCUCUCACUCUUUGACAGCCUUAUUUGCGCUUGCCUUAUAUUCUGAAGAACACGUACCGGGAGAACUUUGUUUCUAUCUUUUCUUUCAUUUUGAAAUCUACAGGAUGAAAGUCAUGUAUAACAAUAGUGCCAUGUUUGUGUCUUAUUCUGUGUGGUGCAAAAACUCUUAUCUCGUUCGACUUGCCCGGUGCUUCUCUUUUUUGCAAUUCUUGUUAUACAACUUUUUUUUUUUUUAUUGUCUCUAACAAACAGUCAGUUUCCCUUAUUUGCAAUAAUUCCUAUAAAAGCUGUUGAGAAAUGUUGAGCUUACCACUGCCAAUGUCAUCAUUUCUGUCCAUUAGGCAACUGUGCCAUUUGAUAGAAUAACUGUCAAAUGUGACUUUUGAGUAUGCUCAUUAAUAUUAUUAUUAUUAUUAUUGGCAAUAAUAAUAAUGAUAAUAAUAAUAAUGGUCUUUGUCUGAAGAUGAAGCAAGUGAAAUGUUCCUGUCAUUGUUCUAAUAGCUCAAUAAAGAUGUGUUGUGUCAGA